ACGCGUUUGUCAUCACAAACCUGACACGUCAAACAGAUGGAAAAGCUUGGUGGCCAUGCAAAAAACUGACCGGACCAGUGCAGCCUGUCAGUGGCCUACCGCUCUCCACUCUCCCCUGUCCUGCCCCAUCGUGGUUUAAAAAGAAAGGCAAAUUGUGUAUGUACAGAUAGGCUAGGAGAAGCGGCAGCCUCAAGACUUAGCAGGGUUAAGCUUUGUAGGCCACCGGGUUUAAAGGAAUCUCAAACCAGGGGCAAGAUGGCGGCCGCCGGAGGAGAGCCUUCUUCUCAGAACAUGUCGGAUGAAUUAUUUCAAACCUUCAUCUCGGAGGUGAAGCAGAUUGAGAAGAGAGACUCUGUGUUAACCUCCAAGCAGCAGAUUGACAGACUGCUCAGACCUGGCUCAUCCUAUUUCAAUCUCAACCCCUUUGAGGUGCUGCAAAUUGAUCCAGAUGCUACAGAGGACGAGUUGAAGAAAAGAUUUCGGGCGUUAUCCAUUUUGGUCCAUCCAGACAAAAAUCAGGAUGAUCCAGACAGAGCACAGAAAGCAUUUGAGGCUGUGGACAAGGCAUACAAACUCCUGCUGGACCAAGAACAGAAGAAGAGAAUCAUAGAUGUGAUCCAUGCAGGAAAGGAGUAUGUGGAGCAUAUGGUAAAGGAGAAAAAGAAACAGUUGAAGAAAGAUGGGAAAUCGUUGGACGUGGAAGAGGAUGACCCUGAAGUGUUCAAGCAAGCAGUGUACAAACAGACCAUGAAGCUGUUCGCUGAGCUUGAAAUCAAGAGGAAGGAAAGGGAAGCAAAGGAUAUGCAUGAAAGAAAACGAGCACGAGAGGAAGAAAUCGAAGCAGCAGAGAAAGCAAAGCGAGAGAGAGAAUGGCAGAAAAACUUUGAGGAAACACGGGAUGGGCGCGUGGACAGUUGGAGGACCUUCCAGGCCAAAGGCAAGAGCAAGGAGAAAAAGAACAGGUCUUUCCUCAAGCCACCAAAAGUCAAGAUGGAACAGAGGGAAUGAUGUUGUAAAACGGGACUUUACUGUGUUAUAAAAACCCAGUUCUGUGUAUCCUCCCUUCAUCGUCUGCAGUCAACUGCGUAGUUGUCAUCACACAGUCAUCGGGAUACUUCCUCAUCCUGACAAACGUAGUUUUGUACUUGGUUUUUCUAAUGUACAUAUUUGUAAUCUGGACCCAGAGAUCAUAUCUGCCUCAUGUAAGAAAGACAAAUGAUGCAUCUUCCACUUCUGCAAAUGAUGAAAAGCUGUAACUGUUUGUCAUUUGUUUUGUUGUUUAUUGUUUUUGUUUUUAAGUAAAUAAAGCUUGGACUUAACAAGC